AUGUGUUCAUCCCCUUCACCGAACAUUUACAUCCCAAAUCAAUGGUCUCAGGCUGCAAACUCCAUUACAUCCAGUUCAACGCCUCCUAUCACACUAAUAUGUGGAGCCAAAAACUGCGGAAAAUCAACCUUCGCUCGUUAUCUCCUUAAUAUCCUAUUGACCCGAUGUAAUAAAGCUGCUUUUCUCGAUACCGAUGUUGGCCAACCGGAGUUCACUCCUCCUGGUUUUGUUUCUCUAACCGUUGUUCAUAAACUCACUCCAGAUUUGACGAUUCCAUGCCUGAAAACACCAGAAAGAUCCCUUUUCUUUGGCGAUGUUUCUUCUAAGAGAGAUCCUUCAGCAUACUUAAAUUACAUACAUUCCAUUUAUGAUUAUUAUCAUAAGGAGUAUCGCAUCUUUGAUAAGGGAGAAAAAUGUUAUAAGAUUCUGAUGCCUCUUGUAGUGAAUACUCCUGGCUGGGUUAAAGGUGUUGGUUAUGACGUAUUAGUGGACAUGUUAAAAUAUAUUUGUCCCACCCAUAUAGUUAAGAUAGGCAUAUCCACUGAAAAUAAGAAUUUACCUGCUGGAAAAUUCUGGUUAGAUGGGGAACAUGACGGAACAAUUAAAUUGCUUGAGAUAAAUUCAGCUCGUCAGGACUCAUUAGAUAGAUCAGUGCUUGUUCAGAAGGAUGCUCGUCUCAUGCGUGAUUUACGAAUAAUGGCUUAUUUCAGACAGUGCUUUCCUAGUGGUUCAGAUAUUUCAACGAUCAAGGAACUUGCUCGUUCCUUGGCCUUUCACUGUCCUUAUCAAGUUCCCAUUGCAAGCAUAAAGAUUCGACAUGUUCAUCGUGAGGUCCCAAGCUCUGAAAUAUUCUAUAGCCUGAACGCUAGUAUUGUUGGCUUAGCAGUUGAAUCUGAAGGAGCUGAAAAUUUACCCUGGUGCCUUGGUCUUGGCAUUGUGAGGGCCAUUGACACAGUCAAAGGCAUACUCUAUGUGAUUACACCUCUGCCAUUUGGUUCUCUGAAAAGAGUCAACCUCUUGCUACAAGGUUAUAUCCAAAUUCCUUCUUGUUUAUUGCAGGUUCAAGGAUGCAUAUCACCUUACAUGUCAACGAAUGUAUUAACUACAAGCUAA